GGGAAAGCUGGAGCGACGCGACCAACCGAACCCGUUUAGGAGCAGAACUGGACCUUCAGUCCGGGAGGGUCUCACUAAAAGACGAACCUGGGGCCAGUGUCGUCUGGAUCUCACUAAACCGGGACCACCGGAACUUUUCUGGACUAUCUCUCCGGGAAUGUCGCCACUUUUCCAGCUCCUUGUUGGACUUUUCCCGCAUCUCCGCUGGAGUUCGGUCCAGUUAAAGUUUCUGUGAGGAAGGCUUCCAGACCUCCACCUCCUCCUGGAAACCUCUCCUCACCUGGGGGACAGCCUGUGGGUCUCCUGUUUCCUGUUGUCAGGUGAGAGGAGGAGGAGUCUCACCUGAGGAAGGCUCCUGGUGCUCAGGAUGAUGCUCUGAGGAGGAAGAGGAGGAGGAAGAGGAGGGAUUCCCAGUGAAGGCAUACGAGGAGGAGGAGGAGGAGCAUGGGGAAGGAGCAGGAGCUUCUCCAGGCGGUGAAGAGUGGAGACCUGCUGUCCACCCAGAAGCUGCUGUCCAAGCUGAAGACCAACAGGAACAAACUGCUCGGUUCCACCAAGAGGCUGAACAUCAACUACCAGGACUCUGAUGGAUUCUCGGCGCUGCAUCACGCCGCCCUCACAGGAACCACGGAGCUGCUGGCGGCGCUGCUGGAGGCCCAGGCCACCGUGGACAUCAAGGACACCAACGGAAUGCGUCCGCUGCAUUACGCGGCCUGGCAGGGGAAGGCCGAGUCGGUUCUGACGCUGCUGCGGUCCGGAGCGUCGGUGAACGGCGCCUCCACCGACGGACACAUCCCUCUGCACCUGGCCGCUCAGUACGGACACUUCCAGGUGUCGGAGAUGCUGCUGCAGCACCAGUCCAACCCGUGUCUGGUCAACCGGGCCAAGAAGACUCCUCUGGACCUGGCCUGUGAGUUCGGCCGAGCCAAGGUGGUCCAGUUGCUCCUCAGCAGCAACAUGGUGGUGGCGCUGCUGGAGGACGAGAGGAAGGAGCCCACGGAUUCUGCCUACACCACGCCUCUGCACCUAGCGGCCCGCAACGGACACAAAGACGUCAUACGGCUGCUGCUGAAGGCCGGCAUCGACAUCAAUAAGACCACCAAGUCUGGGACAGCCCUGCACGAAGCUGCGCUCUAUGGGAAAACCGAGGUGGUGCGACUGCUGCUGGACGCUGGGGUAGACGUGAACAUUCGAAACACCUACAACCAGACGGCGCUGGACAUCGUCAACCAGUUCACCACGUCCCACGCCAGCAAGGACAUCAAGCAGCUGCUCCGAGACGCCACGGGGAUUCUGCAGGUCAGAGCUCUGAAGGACCACUGGAACCUCCACGACCCCACGGCCCUCAACAUCCGCGCAGGCGACGUGAUCACGGUGUUGGAGCAGCACCUGGAUGGCCGCUGGAAGGGACACAUCCACGACAGCCAGCGGGGGACGGACAGAGUGGGCUUCUUCCCUCCGUCCAUCGUGGAGGUGAUCAGCAGGAGGAACGGGGGCACCCUUUCCCGGCACGCCUCCCUGCCCACCCAGCGCCAGCCGCUCCCGUCUAGAGCCCCCCUCUCCUCCAGCCUAAGCUCCGCCCCCCACACCGACGACUCCUACAGUCUGUAUGCCCCGCCCACCCACGUGGUUCAGCCGCUGCCCAACGGCCUGGCUACCUGCACAGGUUUGUCUUCCAGCCACCUGUCUCAGCCUGGGUGUCCCUUUGAGGACAUCUGGGUCCUCAGGGACUCGUACCACGCCGGAGACAGGAACAGCGUGGUGAGCACGGGGAGCGUGGGCAGCACCCGCAGCGCCGGCAGCGGACAGAGCACCGAGAGCAACAGCGCCCCCAACGGGCAGCAGCACGGCACCGCACCCCAGGACAGCAAGACGGCGCCCCCUGCUGCUGAUCCAGGACACGCUGCAGCCCACAGCAAGCAGCCCGACCAUCCUGCAGGUGGCGCUCCCCGCAGACAGACGGUGACGGUGCAGCGCCCCGCAGAGCCAAGCUUCACGCAGCAGUUCGUCCGUCCGCAGCAGCUGCUGGACGGGAAGGAUGCAGACGCCAUCUACCAGUGGCUGAGUGAGUUCCAGCUGCAGCAGUACGCCGCCAACUUCCUGAACGCCGGCUACGAUGUGCCGACCAUCAGCAGGAUGACCCCCGAGGAUCUGACCGCCAUCGGCGUCACCAAACCCGGACACCGCAAGAAGAUCUCCAUGGAGAUCAGCAACCUGAACAUCCCCGAGUGGCUUCCAGACUACAUACCCUCGGACCUGGGCGAGUGGCUCAGCGCCAUCGGCCUGCCGCAGUACCACAAGAAGCUGUCGGAGAACGGCUACGACUCCAUCAGCAUCGUCAAAGACCUCACCUGGGAGGACCUGCAGGAGAUCGGCAUCACCAAGCUGGGCCACCAGAAGAAGCUGAUGCUGGCGGUGAAGAAGCUCUGUGACAUCCACAGGGCCGUCCUGCAGGCGGACGCCGGCUCGGGGACGCUGCGGCGUAAAGCGCCCGGCGCGCUGCACCUGGUCGCCAUCGAGUCUCCUGACGCCAGCAGCGAAUGCUCCUCCCCCCCCCACACCCCCAUGAUGGCCACCUUCCAGGACAGCGAGCUGAGCGCGGAGCUGCAGACGGCCAUGUCCGGCCACUACGGCGGCGGCGAGGACGGCCUGGCCAUCAAGCACGCCGUGGCGAUGUCCCAGAGCCAGGAGAGCGUCGACGCCCGGUCCCGAGGCUCGGGGCGCUCCCAGGAGCCCCCCACCGCCGCCGUCAGCCCUCACGGCUGGUCCCAGGAGACCCUGGAGGGGAGCCCCGCCCGGGAGAGGAACGUCCCCGAGGGUUUGGACCCGAGGCCGCUGCAGCCGGCGCCGCUGGCCAAGCAGGUUCCUCUGGGGACGGCCACCGUGUUCAAGUACCCGGCCAUCCCGGCCAAGCCCCGGCCGCCGGGGGCCCACGCCUCCCCCCACGGCUCCCCGGCGCUGAAGGGGUUCAGCUACCUGCAUUCUCAGUGCGGCUCCACCGACCUGAACCGCUCGAGCCGAGCCGAGCACCACAGAACCCUGACGCCGCCCAACAGGCGCCCUCAGAGCAAGACGCGCUACGCGCUGUCGGACGGGGAGCCGGACGACGACGACGACGACCUCGCCGUCCCCCAGGGGAACGUCCCGUCCUACGCCACCCUGACCCGGAAGCCCGGCCGCAGCCACCUGGCCCGGUUGCAGUCCGGCGGCGAGCGGAGCGGCAGCGUGGGCCGCAGCCAGUCGUUCGCGGUGCGCGCCCGCAGGAAGGGCCCCCCUCCGCCGCCCCCAAAGAGGCUGAGCUCGGUGAGCAGCACCACCAGCGGCGAGCUGAGCGACAGCAGCACCACGUCGUCCUCUGGGGGCGUGGUCACCGACAGCCCCGGCAGCGUCCGCAGCAUCACCGCUUCCCUGGAGGGCAGCCCGGCACACGGCGCCGCCCACAGGCCGCCGUCUCCAGAGAGGAGGAGGAAAGGCGGGGGGGCCAGCGGCGCCGAAGCGGCCCGAGGGUCGACGUCUGACUCCGAGGAGGAGGAGUCGAAGGCUGGGGGGCUGGGGGGGUCUUCCUCCCCCCAGAACAGCUCCAGCGAGUGCAUCCCCUUCGCCGAGGAGGGAAACCUGACCAUCAAGCAGAGGCCCAAGGCCCCGGGUCCCCCCCGGGCCGAGGCCGUCCUGGAGCCGCCAGAGCAGCCGGCGGCCAGGAGCCCGGAGGUUCCCGAGUUCAACCUGAAGGAGUCGGACACGGUGAAGAGGCGCCACAAGCCCAAAGACCAGGAGCGGGGCGACGGUUCCCCCGUCGGGUCAGCGGGCCACGCCUCAGAGUCAGAGUCCGGCGGCAGCAGGCCUCCGUCCCGGAACCAGGACCGGGUCGGCCUGAGGAUCAGUGAGGCGGGUCCAGACAGGCCCGGCAGUCCCGCCGCCGCGGCUCCGGUCAAACCGCCGCUGUCACCGAAACCCACCGUCACCCCGAAACCCGUCCGCCAAAGUCUGCUGGCUGCUCAGGGAGGACGGGCGUCGCCCACGCUCACCAUCAGUGUGGUCCAGAGCGUGGCCUUUGCCUCCUCACCGCCUCCUCUAGCUCCUCACAGCGCCUCCCCGGCUGCCAGGAGCCACCAGGCUGCUGCUUUUGCUCCGUGUCUCACCCCCGAGUCUUCCAGCGAGACGGAAGAGGUCCAUCAGAAGCUGGACCAGACCAGCACGUCUCUGGCAGCUGCUCUGAACGCCGUGGAGAAGAAGCUGAACCAGGACGGCGGCUCUGAGGGCAGGCGCGGCACCGUCCGGUCUGCAGGGACCAUCCUGGACGACAUCGGCAACAUGUUCGAUGACCUGGCCGACCAGCUGGACGCCAUGUUGGACUAAAGACGGCGCAUUACAGGGGAACGUCCCGUUUGAAGCUGCAGAGACCUGCUGACCUGCUUCCAGGAACACGUUCUGAGGAGGAACCCUUUUUACCAGCAGGUUUACUGGUUUAUCUUCUGUUACCUGCAGCCAGAACACCUGAAAGGUCUUUAGCUGUAGAUUAGAGGAUGAGCUCCAAAAGGUUCUGGUGAUUUAUCAUCACGCUGCAGAUCAUCAGCAGAGAAAUCAACACAGAAACACAUUAAUUAGUCAUUUUAAAGCUGCUCCUCUGGGUCCAUCUAGUGGCCACAGCCGGUACUGCUGCAACACCGCUGCUGGUUCUGGUACCGGGUCAGUACCUCAGGCUGCAGUACUUCCCCUUAUGAACUUCUACAACCUGCUUUGUUCUGAGGAGAGACCUGAAGUCCAGGUUUCAUACAGACUGACUCAUCAGAACCGUUUGGGACGUAAAGCCUGAUGGAGUGAUGUGAAGAAGGGAGACCCGUGCCUCUUCUUCGCUGGUAUCUAAGUAAAACGCUACGCCUGGACACACCUUGUGAGGCAGAACCAGAAGGUCCAGAACAGGCAGGACUCCAGAGUUCUGCCAGGACUGAUUGCUGUCGUCUCUUCUGGGUCAUUUCUUACGUUUGUUAAAAGCUCGUCUUUAGCCUUGCAUGUUAUGACACCUGCGGUCCAGGACGACUGAGAGGAGUCCUGCUGCUCUGGGCACCGAGCAUCAUCCCAGCGGACCGGACCGGACCGGACCAGACAGAAGCAAACAGCUGAUGUGAUGCAGGAAAACCUGCGGUUCUCACCUGCAGGCUGGUUUCUCCUCUGGAUCAGCUGCGUCUGCAGGCCUGAACCCAGCGGGUCACCAGAACAGAACCGUUUCAUGUUUCUGGUGUCUGAAGGGUCCGUUUGCUACGAGCUGACCCGGAUGUGGCUCUGCUGCGGUGCUGAAUGAAAGGGAAUCAAGCUGAGCUCGUCAGAACCGGUUUCUACAAACGAUUCUGUGUUUGUUUAUCCCAGCUACUAUUUAAAUGAGAGUAAUCUAAGCUGUGUAUCUAAUAUUUAGGUCAGAAACUGAACCAAAGCUUUGUACAGAGUUUAUUUUUGAAAUAUUUCCCUGAGUCGUCUCGUUUUUUGUCUGAAAUGUUUUGUGUUCGCCUGAUUCUGUGAUCCGGAUCAUGACCUCGUCAUCAUCGACGUCCGGUUUCUGUUUCUUUACUUCACAGAUGAUGCAGAAAAAGGCUCUUAUUGUGAAACAGCCACAGGAAGUCGUCACCCAGCGUGUUUCUGUUCAAUUUGUUUCAUUUCUAACUUAAAGCUCAUCACUGAUCAUG